GCCCGGAACACGCUGUGCGAGCGCAUAUUGUGGCAACAUCUACAAGAGUAUAACAAUACGUCGCGACCCUUCACUUUCCAUUCCUGCACUCACACUACAUCACUCGCUUGACUUGAUAUACCCUUGAUCUUUGGACGUCGCCUCGAAGUUCUGGAGAUCUAGAAAGAGGAUGGGAUUGAACACUACUUGCCCGUACACGGAGAAUACAUCUGCAGUUGAUCAGAGCACAUUCUUUGAAACCAAUGGGGUCGAUUGGGAUGCGCAUCGCAUAGGUUGGGUUGUCGCAGGCAGUUUCACCGCGGUCACCACACUAGUCACGAUCAUCUCUGUAUGGUCGCAUUGUCGGAACUACACAUUACCGCGACACCAGCGGCAGAUUAUUAGGAUAUUGUAUAUGCCUAUGGUGUACGCUAUCAUUUCCUUCUUCUCAUACCGUUUCUUCCGGGCAUAUACAUACUACUCCCUGAUUGAAUCGACGUACGAAGCCCUCGUCAUCGCUGCCUUCUUACUCCUCCUAAUUCAAUUCGUCGCGGACAAAACUCCCACACUAGACGCCAAAGAAGCCCUCCAAAAGAAAUCCAAGCAAAAGCUACCUCUACCCUUCUGCUGCAUCCGCUAUCGCCCCACAAAGCCCUACUUCAUGUACACCCUCAAGUACAGCGUCCUCCAGUACUGCUUCGUCCGGCCUGCGCUGACCAUAGCCGGCAUCAUCGCUGAGAAGAAUGGACGGCUGUGCCAAGGCAGCUGGAGCCCCGCGUUUGCGAGCGUGUACAUUGAUGCGAUCGACUUUGUCAGCAUUACCAUCGCGCUCUACGCGCUUAUUAUCUUCUAUAUGCUGACACACGAUGAGCUGAAGGACAAGCGUCCUCUCUGGAAGUUCCUCUCCAUCAAGCUCAUCGUCUUCUUCACGUUCUUCCAAGGCUUCGUGUUUGAUGCCCUCGCGAGCUAUGGAAUUAUCAAAGCUACCGAGUUCUGGACGACAACUAACAUCGCCGAUGGCCUGAACGCGCUCACGACAUGCAUCGAGAUGCUCCUCUUCGCACUGAUGAUGCUAUGGGCUUUUCCAGUCAAGGAGUACAGACAACCAGGGGCAGAGCCUACCGGUAUCGGACGGCCUUUGUUGGACUCGAUCAACUACUACGACUUCCUGUAUGAGACAUGGCUGAGUAUGCGCUUCUUCUGGGAUUACAUCCGCGGCAAGCCCUACGCACGUGCAAAGAGGAUAGAAAACGACAAGAUUUCAGUGCACGGCUACGCAGCGUUCGACGAUGCCUUCGGAAUUGAGAUUCCCGAGCGUAUGCAACGUACAGACGUUGAAAUGCCGAUCUACAGCCAGCCUCCCCCUCCAACACGCCGGCGAUCGGCGGGUCUAGGAGCGAGUCUCGGCACUCCUGAUGCUAGGACGCAGAGAUACGACACGCUUGCUUCGGACGAGGGGGAGAUAUCGCCCUCCCAGCCUGUGCAGGCGCAGGCGCAAGGGUACGCUCCUCCUGUGGGGCCACCGCCAGGGGCGGAAAGAGGGUACAGACAGUACGGAGGAGACGCGCAGUGAAGUGCGGUUUAUCGUGUGGCUUGGGACUUACUAUUCAGCAUACAUAUUCAUAC